AUGUUCGGCUCGACCCCUGCCGCCACCACAACCGGCUCGACUCUAGGUCGAUCCGCAUCCUUUUCCUUCUCGCAACCUCCCGCCAACAAGCCGUUCUCAGGUUCAUCAGGAGGCUUCUCGUUCGGUGGUGGCGCUGCUUCCAACACCAACUCUGCUACCAGCACAGCAACAGCGCCGACAACGGGUGCAGCGGCUCCCGCUGCAGGUGGUUUCAGCUUUGGCGCUAAGCCAGCCACAACCACUGCUGCGCCAGCAACGGGCGGCGGAUUGUUUGGUUCGAGCACAAAUACGCAGCAGCAGCAACCGCAACAGCAGCAGCAACAGUCAGGUUUCGGAGGCGGACUGUUUGGAGCGUCGAACAACACUGCCUCGACGUCGACAGGCGGUUUGUUUGGCAAGCCGGCUACUGGGCCCGCAACUGGUGGCUUUUCGUUUGGCGGUGGUGCUGCCAACAACACGGCUUCCACAUCCACAGGCGGAUUGUUUGGCUCUUCUGCUCAGCCCACACAGCAACAACAGCAGCAGCAACCUUCGACUUCGCUGUUCUCGUUCGGCUCGUCUCAACCACAACAACAGCAGCAGCAACCACAGCAGCAGCCAAACAACAAUUUUCAAUCAUUUCAGUCGCAACCGCAGUUCAACCAAGCCGCAGCAGCAGCAGCAUCCCCGUUCUUCCGAUAUGGCUACUUUCAAAAAGAGCGCUUCAACGACCUCCCUGACGAUGCACGCAAACUGAUCGAAGAGCUCGACUCUCACAUUUCGACGCAGGUGCAGCUUCGCGAUGAGCUCAAGACGAAAAACUUUGGUCAAGAGAUCCGCAAAUGCGCUGCGGAAUGGCACGAGCUCGAUUCGGCGCUCAAGUCGCUCUCUGCCACCCUGGACACGGACGAGAACCAGUCGAUCGACGUCGGGCGACAGCUGGAACGCGAUCGCACCACCACGUCGACGCUCUACUCGAUCAUCCUCAACGCCAAAGAGCCGCGGGGUGGCGCGGGGGCAACCGCUUCGGACGGCGCGUCGUUCGUCGAGUGGCUCGAGCGAUUCUUCGGCGAGCUGGCAGUAGAGUAUCGCGAUCGCAUCGCUCGCUACUCGAGCACGGUCGAGACGAUCCAGCACCAUCUGGCCUCACUGAGCUCGAGGGAGACGUACACGCCGCAGGCGAUCUCGGAUGCGAUUCAUGCACAGCACGAGAGCUUCAUGACACUGGCGGCGCAGGUGGCAGCGUUGCAUGCCGAGGUAGAUGCGUUGAAGAGGGAUUAUGCCAAGUGGUACAAGCAGGUGCAUAAGAGUGUGAGGGAUCCGUUUGGCAGCAUGAAUGCGUUGGCGGGGAGUGUACCGCCUGCGUCGUAG